AUGCCAAUUUUUCAACUCGAGUUUUCGUGCUUUUCUGAAAGGCUCUGGGCUGACUUCUUUCGGGAAAUAAGCCCCGCUGGCUUUCCACAGAUGGGGCUUAGUCAGACACUGUGGAAGCAAUUUUUCAACAUGAACCUGGCAGCAGAUCUUCUCUGUUUGUUGGUGUGCCUCACCGCAGUGACUUGUGACCGGGUCUACGUCCACCCUUUCAAUUUGUUUUCUUUCAACAAGAGUAACUGUGAGGAGCUGGAAAGCCUGGUCCAGGAGGGAAAGAAAACUUUUGUCCCCAUCUCGAUCGAGUCUCAAACCACACCUGCCUAUGAAGGUGACCUGAACGACAAGGACAAGCUGGAAGCCCCGAGCCUGAGUGGCUGGGGGAGGCAGAAACUGAGCUACCUGAAGGACUUUGUGUACAUCCUGGGUGCACGGUUUUACAGCAAGCUGCGGGAAGUGCGUCGGGGCCAAAACGUGCUCCUGUCCCCAACCAGUCUUUAUGGCUCCUUGGUGUCUUUCUACAUGGGCGCCUCAAACCAGACAGCAGCUGAUUUGCAGGGUUUGCUGGGAAUUGUUCCCCCCUCCGGAGACCCUGACUGUACCUCCAGGGUGGAUGGACACAAAGUCCUUUCCAGCCUGAGGAUGAUCGAAAGCCUCAUCAAGAGCAGGGACGAGGAGCUGCUCUUUUCCAAGAUGCUCUUCCUAUUCUCUGCCCCCGGUGUACCUCUAUCCCAACUGUUUGUGCAGGACUUGCUCCCCUCCGUCGAUGCUCUCUACGCCCGAGCUGUUGACUUUACAAACCCAAGCGAGGCAGCAAAGCAAAUAAACGCCUUUGUGGAGGCCAAAAGCGAGGGCCAAAGCAAGUGCUUACUGACAGACAUCGAUCCAUCCACCGACUUGCUGUUUGCGGUGGAUGUCCGCUUGGCAGUGAACGUUAAGCAAGCCUUGCGGCUCAAAGAGCCUCAGGAGUUCUGGGUGGAUUCAAACACGAAGGCCUCGGUCCCUAUGCUGUCAGUCACAGGGACAUUCAAGUACAAAACUGAUGCCAGCGGGAUUUUUUCUGUGGUGGAAGUCCCCAUCAGCAAGACCGUGCUGCUGGUGGUGCUGCAGCCCAUCAACGGCAGCGACCUGGAGCACAUGGAGUCCAAGCUGCCGUUGCAGUCCUCGGCCUGGCUUCAGCAGCUGUCCCCAAGAGAAAUUAAAUUAACGCUGCCGGAGUUAAGAAUAGAAGGCAGCUCCGAUCUACAGGAGCUUCUUACAGAUAUGGAACUGCCUGCACUGCUGGGGAAGGGGGCAGAUCUCAGUAAAAUAAGUGAUGCCAAUUUAACAGUUGGAAAGGUAAUAAAUAAAGCCUUUUUCAAACUGGCCAGUGGUGGAACAGAUCAGCCAGAAGACCCCACAGCACAGAAGGAAGAUCCGGUGUUCCUGGAAGUAACACUGAACAAGCCGUUCCUUUUAGCUGUUUUUGAAGAGAAGUCAAGGGCAAUGCUUUUCCUUGGCAGAGUAACAAACCCACUGCACGGGGUUUAAAUGCAAGCAUGAGGGAUGGGGAGGGAAGGGAAUGAUGCACAUUUCCCAUCACCUUUUUCUUAUUCAUCAGCUAUUUUUAUGAUCUUGUUGAGUGCUCUACUUGGCUUUGAGAUGAAGCA